AUGAUACUAAGCGCUAAUGAUAUAAACUAUUUUACAAAUAAAAAUGUUAAACAAGAAUAUAUUUCUGAAGAAGAAAUCUCUAAACAAAUAAAUGAUUUGAAACAAGUAUAUGACUCAAAACAUGGAAAUUUUCAAUCAUAUGAUUUAUUAUUUGAAUCACUAAAAGCAAUGUUUGCGGACUGUGAAGACGAUUAUAUCCUCUGUUGUCUAGAACAAGCAGAAGAUGAUAAAUUAAUCAAUGUUGAAAAUCAACUAAUGAAAGGAAAUUACCCAAAAAUUAAGAUCCCCGUUGUUCCCCAUGACCCGCCUGCUACUGUAAAAAUUGGAAAGACCUUCAUGAAUGUAAUUCAAAUCUCUCGGUAUAAUUUGGGAAGUUUUUUGAGUAGAAACCAAAGAAUUUCUUGUAAAAUCAUUGAAGAAG